AUGACAGCAACGCUUUGUCUUCAAUGUCUUUCUGUCUUGGUAUUGACGCUGAUUGGCAUCCUGAAUAUCGCUAAUGGCGACUGUGCAAUGGGAUACUCGACGCUGACAACCGAAGGUUGUCAAGGAUGCAGUGACUUUGAUUUGUGUUUUGGACUCGCCAACAAGAAAAGGUGUACAGAUUCAGGGUGCAAGAUAGACGGUGAUUGCUCGUAUCAAUGCAUGGCUGUUGCUAAACGAAACACACUCGAGGUAACAAUUGGGUUUGGCAAGUAUGAAAGUAUGCAAGAGAUAGGAACUGGCGACUUCACUACUGCUGAUUUGGGCGAUUGUCCAAACAGAACAGACACAAGGUCAUCGGUUAGCAGUGAUGACGUCAAAGCGGUCGCAAAAAUUAGCGUAUCAAAAUCUAUCGAGACAUUUACAAUGUCAGGAGGAAUAAUCUCAUACAAUUACCCUAGAGGAAAAGUGGUGAGCAUGACAAUUGUUUCAAAUUUUAUUUCAUCCGCGACUGCAGUGACGCGAGUCGUUUUAAAGAAUCUUGGGCUCGAGAAUCAGGUCGAUAAUCUAUCAAGCUUACUACCAUCUACUGUGAAACGCCUCGAGCUUACCAACACGCUGUUAUCAAAGUUUCCAACAAAGUUAGGAAGACAAUUGGCCCUACGAGAGCUAAUUCUCGACUUCAAUUACAUUACCACAGUGGUACAAACCGACGUAGUCGACUCCAUUACUACACUAAGUCUAGCAGGAAACAGCAUCAAGACUUUUACAGGCGUUUUUACCAACCUUGAAACUCUAUCGUUGAGUGGAAAUGUUUUGACUACAUUCCCUGAUGCGAUAUACGAGCAUCUGAAUCUGAACACAUUAGAUUUGACUGGCAAUUCGUUUACUGUCAGAGAAUUCACUAGUGAUCAGGCGGCUUUCUUAAGCAACUUAGAGAAGCUUUACCUUUCUGCCUCUGAUUUCACUGUAGAGCUUGAGUGCGAUGAGAAUGAUCAAGUGACUAUUCAUGAUGUCACAGUGUGUGUGAGACCUACAGAUCCAAGUGCUGACAAAGCUGAUACAGCAAUGAAAAGUAAAAGUGGCAUUGAAACUUCUCCGACUUCUACCGGCUCUGAUGCUACGUUUUUUAGCAUUUCCGACUCCUCGCCGACAUCAUCUGGAUUACUCGUGGGAAUCAUUUGUGGUGUCUCAGUCGUGCUUUUUGGGAUAUUCCUCUUUGUUUUUUAUCGACAAAGACAGAAGGAUCUACCACAAAGUAAGCUUGACGACCCCUUAGGAUUUACUGGUACUUUUCCAUCAGUGGACGGUGGACUUGGACUGCAGCAGUCGUAUGAUGGGCUACAGAGUUCUUCAGCCAUGAAUGUGGAUAUUCCAAUGGAAUCAAAUGAGCUUUCAAUCGAUGAUCUAACAGCUCGGGAUGAUGAGUCGCAUUGCAUGAAUGAACGAGCAUUUGUCGAUACCAAUGUAGGUGUGUCUUUCUUUUAUGAGAAAACCUCUUCAACUUCUUCGUCAGAGUUGACCGUUAAGACAGAUGAAACAAAUUUCGAUGAAUAUACAUCAAUUUGGGAUGACCCAGACCUCCUUUCAUUGCAGGUACGCGCAGCCACCGUGACUGAUAUAAAGCUGCUUGGAAGUGGUGCAUUUGCUAUGGUUUGGCUCGUGCAGUACCGAAAUUCACAGAUGAUUGCAUCAAAGCGACUACGACCGGAGAUGCAAACAAAAACGCACAUUGCAACGUUCAUUGAAGAGAUCAAAUUGAUUGCCAAUUUCAGUCAUCCAAAUCUCGUAAAAUUUGUGGGUGCAGCUUGGACAAUGGAAAGUGAUCUACAGAUGCUGCUCGAGUAUAUGGAUGGAGGCGAUCUUCGAACUCUCUUGGCAGAAUCCCAGACUUCAGUUGAUUGGAAUAUGAAAAAGGCUGAUAUUGCGAUUGAAGUGAUCGAAGCUAUCGCGUAUCUGCACUCGUUUGAGCCUCCAGUUGUUCAUCGCGACUUAAAUUCAGCAAAUGUGUUGCUUUCGUCAGAAUUGAAAGCCAAACUAAGCAACUUUGUUACGUCACGAUUCCGACCUGUGAGCAAUCGUACAAGCAGCUGUCGAUGGCUGGCUCCCGAGGUGAUUCGUGGUGAUACUGAUUUUGGCAAAGCUGCAGACAUUUAUAGUUUUGGUGCACUACUCACUGAAUUGUAUACAAACGAAAUUCCGCUUAACAACGUUCAUGAAGUGAAUGACUCGACUCUGUCGGACACAAAUAUCCUUCAUCAUGCAGCAAACGGUCAAGAAUAUCCCGAAACUGGAUUUAGUUUGUCUCCAGCUUUAAAAGAAUUGGUAGAACGAUGUCUUGCCCAGGACCAAACGAAGCGACCAACGGCUACAACCCUUGCAUUGGAAUUGCGAUUGAUUCAAAAGGAUAUGACAAUACGAGCAACAUCACGGUCAACGAACCUACGCAUUAGUGAACUCACUUGA